CUGAAUGUCUGCAGGACAUGCUCAACCUUUGUCUAUCAAUGUUCCUCUACUAACCACCAGCAGGGUUGGCAUAUAGAUGCACAGAGACCAACUCUCUGCUCCACACAGACAGGACACGGGUCUCUAUGACUAGACUAAAAACUGCUUACAGAAAGCGACGUUGCAGGUCAUUGGAAAUCAGUAAAGUUAGUGACUCCUAGAGAGUUGCAUGUGGAACUGUUGUUUAUGUGUGGAAGCAUCUUUAGGUUUAGAGAGGCACUUUUUGCUUUUAAGUUUGCUGUCUUGUUUUUUGUUUAUAUACCUUGAAGGCAUCACUGAAAUAGUCACUAUUGAUACGGUAAACAGAGCUUGCUGACUCAAAAGGAGAAUACACAUUUUCUCCUGUUUUUGCUCCUCUUUUCAUCCCUCCAUUGCUUUGGGGUAGCCUCUUGACUUUUUGGUCACCAUGUGGGAGUUCCGGUCCAUGUCGUUCUGGCGGGCAGUGUUUGCAGAGUUCUAUGGCACCAUGUUCUUUGUGUUCUUCGGUCUGGGGGCGGCUCUGCGCUGGACCACCGGGCCCCACAACGUUCUCCAUGUGGCCUUUUGCUUCGGCCUGGCCGCUGCCACCCUCAUCCAGUCCAUCGGUCACAUCAGCGGGGGACACAUCAACCCGGCCGUCACCUUCGCCUACCUGAUUGGCUCCCAGAUGUCCCUGUUCCGCGCCUUUUUCUACAUCGUGGCCCAGUGUCUGGGGGCGCUGGCUGGGGCCGCUGUGCUCUACGGGGUCACCCCCACCAACAUGAGGGGAAACCUGGCACUCAACACGCUGCAGCCAGGUAUCAGCCUGGGCAUGGCCACCACUAUGGAGGUGUUCCUCACCCUGCAGCUGGUUGUCUGCAUCUUCGCUGUGACCGAUGAGAGGCGUAAUGGACGCCUGGGCUCUGCCGCCCUAGCCAUCGGCUUCUCUGUCCUCAUAGGACACCUGCUGGGGAUGUACUACACUGGUGCUGGAAUGAACCCUGCCAGGUCCUUCGCCCCCGCUGUCCUGGUCAGAAACUUUGUCAACCACUGGGUGUACUGGGUGGGUCCGAUGAUUGGUGGUGCUAUGGGAGCUAUUAUCUACGAUUUCAUGCUGUUUCCCCGCAUGCGCGGUCUCGCUGAGAGGAUGGCCAUACUGAAGGGCACCAGGCCCCCAGAGGCUGAGAGCAAGCAGGACACCCGAGGAGAGACCAUCGAGCUCAAGACACAGGCCCUAUAAGCCUGGUGGAAGAAGGUUGGCUUUCGGAACCCCCUAUCCCCCUAUUCUGUACCCAAAUCCCCUCCGAACCCUCAACCCCACCCAACACACACGCGCACACAUACCUCUUCCUCCCUUCCCCUUUAACCCACCCACCCACAUAGUACAUAUAGACCAUAGACACAAACCCUCCUCACCCUCACAACAACUCCACUUUCCUCACCCUCCUCAUUCUCACUCUGCUGAUCCAGAAACAGGACAUGCUGAAUUACAGGGCAGCCAAAGCCCUAACCAUCCUCCGACCGCCCCCAACCCUCCACCACCGACCCUCACCCAUACCUCCCCCCUUGGUCUGUAGGAUAAAGACGGAGGGUAAGAAGAGGACUUAGUUGCCACUGAAGAAAGCACCCUGCACCCUGCUGUGACCUGUGGUGUACGGAGUGGGUCACUCCUGGCUGACCAGGUGGCUAUAACUGCUCAGGACAGGGGCAUCUCUCUCUCUCUCUAUCUCGUUUGUAGUCUGCUAGGAGUGAAGCUACAGUAGAGCAGUGGACUUCUGCAUGCUUUUUCCAUUUUUUUUCAUCCAGUUUGAAUCUCUCCCUUGUUUUUUUGUUUUUGUUUUAUGAAACUUUGAGAACCUGACAUGUAUGUUAUUAUUAUAUUUUUAAAGAAUUUGAGGAUUUUAUUCGACUCAAAUUCCAUUUUCAAGUCAUGCGUGUGUUGUGUGUGUGUGUGCCUGUUUUAGUAGUCCUUUUUAUUUUGGACUUUUUUCAUUACCACAAUUCCUUUGUUCGUUAUUAUGCUUUGUUGUCUUUAUUUAUCACACUGCAGUCUAUUCUAAGGGAAAUAAGCAUAUUUUGUCCCCCUCCUCCUUGAUUUUCGCUGCAGUAAAGUUCUGAUUCACUAGUAGUUUUACAGACAACAUAUUUAGAGUGCUCCCCUUUUAUCGCAAAGCCCUUACAUUUUUGCGUUGAAGUCAAGUCUUUUAAAAAAUUGUUCUGAGUCUGUCUCUCUUCAAGGGGAGCACAAACACAGUCAGAUUUAUAUGAAAAUAAACACACAACACACAAAACUUAACUGGUCUUUUCUUAACUCAAUCUCCAUCGCUAUUUAAACACAUAAUCUUGAAAUUGUACAUUAUUAUUCAUUUAUUACUACAAAAUUCCACUUCUUUGACCUGUUGGCUCUCCUUGACUUCGAUACAGCCAUGUUAAUGCCUAAGAAGAUAAAAGGUUUUAUACUGUAUGCAGUUCAGUACCAGUAUUAUCUGUGCCAGACUGUUACGUUUUACUCAGUUUCUGGAAUGCCUUUUUUUUUUUCAUUAAAGAUUUUGCCCUUACAUUGGAUUUAUGUACAGAUGUGUGACAGCUGGAUUGGGUUUCAUUUUGUCAUUUUACGUAAUAACAAAGAAAACCAAACCUUGACUGGCUUUGUCAUGUGGAUCAAGCUCAUUUUCUUAGUUGAUUGUAGUUCUUUCUUUACAUAACCUUUAAAAAAAUUAAAAAAUAAAUAAAAUGUGGUUGAAAAACAAAA